AUGCCGGCAGUCGUUGCCGCAGCCUCCGUUGGAGAACUUUCUGCCCUUCCUCUCCUUGUCCAUCUGCCCUCACUCCUCCCCUCCUUCCCCCCCCUCCUCCCCCCCCCCCACCCCCCCCCCCUCUCUCUCUCUCUCUCUCUCUCUCUCUCUCUCUCUCUCUCUCUCUCUCUCUCUCUCUCUCUCUCUCUCCAUCCCUCCCUCCCCGUGUCGUCUGCAUGUCCCGCCGUGCUUUGCGGCAGGAACAUGACAGGAUCGGGGCUCAAAGGCAGCCUCCCGGACAGCCUAUUCAUGCUCGACAAGUUGACCAUGCUUGACUUCACGUACAAUUUUCUGACGGGCGGGAUUCCCAUCACCGUCGGAAUCGCCAACAAGCUUCAGUGGAUGAGUCUGGCACGCAACAACUUCAACGGCAUGGUCCCGCUACUCAACACCCUUGCACAACUCUCCUACCUGGAUCUCAGCACCAACGGGUUCAUAGGCGAGCUCACCAGCCUGCCCACUUCGCUCGCCUACUUGAACGUGCAGUACAACCAGUUCACAGGGCCCGUCCCUGCGGGCCUCGCCACACUCAAAAAGCUCACCUACCUCAACAUGAAGUCCAACCAGUUCUCCGGUGUGCUCCCGCCGGCCCUGGGCAAUCUCGCCACUCUGCAGACCCUCAACUUGGGUACCAACACUCUCACAGGCGCCCUUCCCGCAAGCGUCUCUGGCCUCGCCAAGCUCUCCAUGCUUGACCUGGGUUACAACAAACUCAGCGGCCCUCUUCCCGCCACUCUUGGCGCCCUGCCUGCCCUCGAGUCCCUCACGCUCAACAACAACGCCUUCUCAGGCCCCAUUCCUCCCACGCUCUUCUCCCUCACCAAAGCUACCAGCCUGCUCAUCAAGGCCAAUAAGCUUACAGGCAGCAUCCCUUCCACUGUUGGCGCCCUCGCUUCACUUGUCUACUUGGAUCUGAGUGAGAACUCGCUCACGGGCACCGUGCCAGCGAUCAUGGGCAAGCUAGCCAAGCUCCAGCAGUUCACUGUGAACUCCACGGGGCCAUCCAAGGUGCUGUGUGCGGCAGCGGGAGUGUGUGCGGUCAACCAGGUUGCCACCUCUGCCUUCUGCCAGACGUGCGCCACCUUCUGCCAAGUCUGCACGCCCCCUGGAACGAACACUAAGUCCGCCGCGGCUCCUGCUCCUGCUACUGCGCCUCCCCCCGCUACUGCGCCUCCCCCUGCCACUGCGCCCCCUCCUGCCACUGCCCCCCCCCCUGCCACGUCGCCUUCCCCUGCCAUGCCCCCUGCCGUCUCCCCUGCCAUGCCCCCUGUCGUCUCCCCUGCCAUGCCCCCUGUUGUAUCCCCUGCCAUGCCCCCCCCUGUUGUAUCUCCUGCCAUGCCCCCUGUCUUAUCUCCUGCACCAUCUCCUGCAGCUCCAGUCAUUCCUCCUGCUGCUUCUCCUGCCCCCGCUCCUGCCCCCGUUUCUGCCGCACCUACGCCUGCACCCGCCUCACCGCCUGUAAUCGCUCCUGUUCCUGCUCCAACCGUCGCUCCCCCAGUCGCAUCUCCCCCCGCGCCUGCUCCUCCCCCCAACACAGCUUCUCCUCCACCUGCUCCUGUCACAGCUUCCCCUCCCCCCCUCAGUGCCUCUCCUCCUCCCAAGGUUGACCCUCCUUCUGCACCUGGCGCACCUGCCGCCACGGUGCCUUCUCCUCCUCCGCCUCCCAACGCUGGAGCUAUUUAUGGUGUUGGCGUUGGCACGCUGCUGGCCUCCCUGGUGUCAGCAAUGGCGCUGAACAUGCUGCUGUAG